AUGUCUUCAGGUCAAGGCUCAGGAAAGCAAAAGGCAAAAAAGGCAAGUUUUACCCCAAAAGCCGAAGGUCAUGAGUCCAAACAAAUCGUACAAGGAAACAAAGGAGGCAACACAUCUGGAACUAGCCAGGCUGUGGUCCCACACCAACCAUCACAAACUCAGCAACAAAACACCAUGCUUGUUCCAAAAGGAUAUACAGUAAAACCCAUUGUUCCAGCCAAAAAGGCUGAGCUCAUCUCUGUUGCCAAAGCAAUGCAUAGAGAAGAAUUUGGUACCCGGGUAAAGGAGCUAUUUGAUCCUGAGAAAGAAGCAGCGCUGAAUGCUCUUCAAACAGGAAUCUAUAUUGGAUGGCGUUGCUCUGAAAACAACUGGGACUGCAUCAGAGUCGGAGUAAAGUCAAAAUGUUUUUGUGGACACCUCCUCGCUGAACAUGGACGUUUUACUGGCACAAGUGUUCGAGUGCCCUGUGCAGUUGCUGGUUGCCAAUGUAGAGCCUAUAACUUCAUCCCUUCCCGUCCUGAAGAUGUCGGUGAAUUCUGGCUGAGAAAACGAAGAAACUUUGACCCAAGGACGUGGAGAGCUAAAUGUCGUUGUAAACAUAACCAUGAGGAGCAUAAUACUGAUGGAAUCCAUAGUUGCAAGAUUGGGGGUUGCCCUUGCCAAGGUUUUGAUUCUAAUUUCCUCUGUGCAGCCUGCGAUAAACAUUGGGAACAACAUCAAACAUUCUUUGAAACAGAAGCACAUAGAAAAGAAGCCGGGCUCCCAUACGGUGAAGCUUACCUGCCUUUUGCAGAAAUGCCCAACUUACGAAAUGCAGUCCUGUCAGGGAAUGAGGAGGAUGAUUCUGCAUAUCAAGCCAUUACUAGUGGCACUGGAUCCUAUUCUCGUUUAGGGCCUUCUUCCGAACCAGCCUGGCCUGCUUUACCACCAAACAGGGAUCCAAAAGGGAUUUGA